AUGGCCUCCAAAGUUGUUUUUCGCGGCCAAUUGAGCUGGACAUGGGUUGCAUUCGAGAAUCCAUGUCAGCGUCUGAGCUUAAAGAGCUAUCAAAGAUACCAACCGAUUAGACUGUCGUCCAGCUCGACGUCUGCUCUGGCGUACAAAGCACUUCACCGUCGUUCGCCUCUUCCGCUUCCUGUCUCGGACUCAUCGCCGCAAUGGUCAGCUCCAGCUGCGGUCUCCUCCAUUCUCUACGAGACCCCUGUUCCGUCCACAAAACCUCCGAAGCGUCAUGUGCUGAACUGCCUUGUUCAGAAUGAACCCGGUGUGCUUUCUCGAAUUUCCGGUAUUCUAGCCGCUCGUGGCUUCAACAUCGACAGUCUGGUCGUCUGUAACACCGAAGUUGAAGAUCUGUCGAGGAUGACGAUCGUGCUGCGUGGGUUGGAUGGAGUUGUUGAACAAGCCCGCCGCCAAUUGGACGAUCUCGUUCCUGUCUGGGCUGUUUUGGAUUAUACAGACUCUGCCCUUGUUCAGCGUGAACUCCUUCUGGCAAAGGUUAGCAUUCUGGGGCCCGAGGUCUUUGAAGAAUUGCUCCAGCAUCAUCAGGAAAUGUCUACUCCCGAGAGCGAUACAAACAACCCAGCCACCAGUGAAGCUCAGCACCGUGAAAUGAACAAAGUGAAUGGAUCACUUUCUCAAAUUGCUGAUUAUCACCCCAACCGAUUGGCCGCCAGUGAAGCCCUUCGACAUAAACAUGAGCACUUGGAGGCUAUUACCCAUCUGACGCACCAAUUUGGAGGGAAAGUGCUCGAUAUUAGCACCAACAAUUGCAUUGUUGAGCUCUCUGCAAAACCAAGCCGCAUCAACUCAUUCCUCAAACUGAUUUCGCCCUUUGGUAUCCUCGAGUCUACUCGAACUGGUCUGAUGGCGUUACCUCGUUCCCCAUUAACGUCACCUAUUGAGGAAACGGAAAAAGAGGCAGCUGAUAUCGUCGAUACAAGCACUCUACCUCCAGGUUAA